AUGAGUGCGCACAAAAUCUUUCUGGGUCUCGCCAUCGCCGCUGGCGCGGUGCUUGUCUACUACUUUACCUACCUUCUCGGCCUCACCACGUACGGCGUGGCUGUGUGCGGUCUCUGCAACUGGUGGAUGAGCGCCUUCAUGCGGGCCGGUCCACGCACGUCGCGGCAGAUUCCUCAGCAGCGCAUCGCGUACUGUCAGCAGCUCUCCGCACUGGAGCUGAGCAAAGCGUACCGUGAGGGGGAGCUCAGCUGCGUGGAGGUCGUCAGCACCUUCAUUGCGCAUAUCAAGGCCGUGAACCCGUACAUAAACGCGUUGGUGUUCGACUGCUUUGACGAAGCCAUGGAAGCGGCGGUUGAGGCGGAACGCAUCUGGGCUGCGUGGCGGGUGCACAAAGACCCGAAGCGGAUGCCGAGCUGGCUGCUCGGCGUGCCAUGCACCAUCAAGGAGUGCAUGGAGUGCCGCGGCUGCCCCAACACAUCGGGCAACCCGAACCGCUGUCAAAUCAUCUCCGAGGUUGACAGCCCCGUCGUGAAGAACUUCCGGGACGCCGGUGCCAUCAUCCUCGGCGUCACGAACACCAGCGAGCUCUGCAUGUGGUAUGAGAGCUCCAACUACAUGUACGGCAUCACCAGCAACCCCUACGACACUCGCUGCCUUGUGGGCGGCAGCAGCGGCGGCGAGGGAGCCGCUGCCGGCGCCGCCUUCUCAACCUUCAGUCUCGGCAGCGACAUUGGCGGCUCCAUCCGCAUGCCCGCCUUUUUCAACGGCGUCUAUGGGCACAAGGCAAGCCCGCACUACAUCACCAACGUUGGCCAGCACCCAAGUGCCAAGACGUCGGCGAACCACUACAUGGCUACCGGUCCUAUCUGCCGUUUUCCGGAGGACCUCAUCCCGCUCUCACAGAUCGCCGCACGUGGCGGCUUCCUGCUCGACCCGGUCGUCUAUCCGCCGUGCCCGCCGCUGAGGAAGGUGCUUGACCUCGACCAUCACCCGCUGCGCGUCUACGCGCUAGAGGACUACGGCCUCCCUGGUAUCCACGUGUCCGAGAGCCAGAUCGAGGCCGUGCACAUGGCGGCAGAGGCGCUUCGUGAACGCUACAACGCCAAGGUUACCUACGUCAACGUCCGCACGCCGUCGCGCUCGACCGGGGGUGCCGUGCCGCCGGAGUUUCUGUCAUUUGCGCGCAUCUUGCCCAUGUGGGUGUCAGUGCUCACCAAGGACCCGACGGAGAUAAAGUUCACCUGGUUCAUGUCUCAGGGCCACGUAGGAGGCGUCAACUGGUGCGCCGAGGCGGUGCGUUGGGCGUUCGGCCGCUCACAUCACACCCUGCCCGCCAUCGCGCUAUGCUUACUGGAGACGGUGGAGCUGGUGAUGCCGCGGUGUCUGAAGCUCAGCGAAGACGAGAAGCUGCUCCCUUUCAAGAUGGGACUGGAGUCGCUCCUGGCCGUCGACGGCAUCAUUAUCGCCCCGACGUUUCCGUCGGCGGCGCCGCGCCACCACUCCCCGCUGUGGAACCCGUUCCAGUUCCAGUACACCGCCGCCUUUAACGUCCUGCAGCUGCCGGCGACCGCCUGCCCGAUCUGGCCCGGCUCCUUCAUGGCCAACCGCCGCAAGAGCAUCUCCAUCCACGAGGAACGCUCCCUGCAGCUGCCCCACGACUUCCACCUCCCUAAGGGCGUGCAGGUGGUGUCCGCGACGCACCAGGAUGAGCUGUGCAUCAGCGUGGCAAUCGCCCUCAAGGAGGCGCUUGGCGGCUACCGCUACCCCUCAUGGGCGCUGCUCGAGGGCACGGACUACUAA